UUGAGACUUAUACUCAACGGGAGUCACUAACUUGUUUGAGCUUGACAACAUUCACACUGUGCCUUAGGCAGUUCUGAAAGAAGCCGCCUUUAGUGAGAGUGGAAACAUCCAUUGGCCACCUUUACGGGAAUAUCGAAUAGUCUAAGCCAGAAAGAGCCUCAGUUGCAGAGCAAUAUCAUAUCAUUAUUGUUCGUACAAGAAGAGUCGAGAAUUGGUGAUAGUGACCAGGGUAAUCCUGGCUGAUUCACAUCCCCGCAAACCUUAAGCCACCGACAUCACUUGAUUGCAUCUCCUCUCUUGAUAUCAUCUCAACUCUAUCAAACAAGAGGCCAAGGACUCCAAGGCUGAAGACUGAGACUGGCAACCAACGACUCAUUUCGCUAUGGCCGCCUGCACCACCUGCAACAAGGAAGAACCUGCAGUUCAGCUCAAGCGGUGUGCCAAGUGUUCCACCACGCCAUACUGCUCUCGGGAAUGUCAAAAGGCCGACUGGAAAGCCCACAAGAAGAUAUGUGGAAAGCAGGCAGAUUCAUUUGCUAAUGCCAACGUCCAUGAUCCAGACGAAAUGAGCCAGUCCCCAAAGAAGGGACUGGAGAAGUCUGUUCCCAACCCCUUUACUCGUCUCGAUAACGGCACUUACCUGCACAACCGUCCUGAGAAAGACGUCUAUCGACUUCUGAUUGACACCUAUCGUCUCCGUAUGGACGACAUGUACAACCUUGAAGGUCAAGCUGAUGGAGACAGUCUCUACGGCGGCGCUUCAGACGGGCUUCGGGGUUUUCAACGUUUCUUACGACAAGCAUCAGUUCGAAGAGGAGUACUUCCUUCAUGGUGGACGCCAGAGAAGCAGCAGGAGUGUGAGGUAUUAGGGAUGGACCCGAGUCAGUGGCAGAACUUGACGAGGACGACGAGGAAGCAGGAGAUUAUCGACUAUUAUGGGGAUCCUCGUUUUCCUAUGCAGUUGCGUAUGCUUGGAGAGGCUGUGUAUCUGAGCGCCCCUGGAGGAGGUGAUGGUUCACAGAUGAGAAAGAUGAUGGCUGCGAUGGAGGGAGGUUGAAUGGAAAGGAAGAGCAUGAUGGAUGCUUCGUCGUUCCGUCGCUGAGGGUGUUAGAGCACAUCUGGAUCCAAUGCUCUGCAAAAGUUGUAUAUGUUAUACGUCUCACUAUGUCACAAAGUUGACCAAUAUUUAGUUCUGCGCCAAUAUUGACGGGUUGGUGCCCAGCACACAUCCUAAAAACCUUCAUGAGUCAAACAGUCAAACUCAAAAGAUGUUCUCCAUCCAUACUCCCUGGAAGAUCCCAACUCGGUCCAGUCCGCUGCCAGUUCCAGCUCCGGGACACGCUCAUACGGCAGUCCAAAAACAACAUGGUUCGAAUCCAUCUUGACAACUAUCUUGCUUGGGCGUGUCCCGUCGCGGCUGCGUUUGGCCAGGUCCUUUGCGCUGAUGACUUUACAAGUCUCGAGUCUCCCAAAGUAGGGGAUAGCUACUUCAUGCGUUCCACACCAGAUAUAAUCCCCUUCGCUUGCGCAAAACAGAAUCUUGAGAGCGAGGCAAGCCUGUUUGGCAAAUGCGUCGUCAUAUGCCUUGGAUGUCUUUUGUAGUCUGUCUCCCAGGUCAUCUAUCAUUUUCCAGAGAGGUUUGCUCUCUUCAUAGGGUACGGGGUUCUUCUUGUUUUUUAUCACUGCUACCAUUACAAGCGCAGCCUUGAAAGCAAGGAAAUCCACAAAAUCAGCCCUCAUCACCGCAUUCGGCUCGACUUCCGGGGCUCUCAUGGCUUCGUGAGCCUUUAUGAUUUCUUGUGUUGCUUCCAGGAUGGCCUUCCUUGAAGGUUCAAAGUCGUCAACUUGCUGAGGAUCAACGUUUGACAGUUGGCAUUCGGGCCAGUUUAGCAUAAGUUCAAAUGAAUGGUAGAGAAUCUUGAUGUAGGCGCGGGUAAAGGCCUGCGGGAGAUAAGAGACAUAUCUCGGGUGUCCUUUUGUCCAAUGCUCCGGAAUCAUUGCUUUCAAUUCCCUCAUUUCUUGGAGCGUGCGUGUGAUGGUUGCGCUAGGGGUGUCUUCUUUCAUUAGGUUUCGGCUUGUAAGAAGGCCUGA